GCCAUUGAAUUUGCACUUCGCAUAUGCAGCAUUCAACAAGCCGCAACAAGGCGCAAGAGUUUCGCUUGUACCUUUCUUCUUUUGGCAUGCCAAUAAGUUUCCAGGGGUUCAAGCAAAUGUUCCUGAAGGUCCUGACUUUCCAGCUGAAUCCACCAUUCUGAGGGCCUUCUUGAUUCGAUGGCGGUAGCCUUGUCGGUGCUCCCCAUAACAUGGUUUUCUCAAGCCCCUGUGCGACUAAAGAGUGAAAGCAGUCCUACGACAAGUUCUUCAAUCUGCAGCGUUGAACAUAUCUGCACUGUAAAGCAUUCAAGGAUUGCCUCAUGUAGAGACCAAAAGAGGUGGUACGUGAAAAGAGCAGGAAGUGUUAGGCAUCAACAACCACGACGAGUUGUAAUGGCAGCCAUCCAAGCUGAGAAUGCGGCAAGUGCAAGCGCAACAGAGAAUGCACCGACGUCGUCUAUUUCUGUGAUGGUCAACGACUGCUCAGGGAAGAUGGGCCAUGCAGUAGCGGAAGCUGCGGUGGCAGCAGGACUGAACCUGGUGCCUCUAGCGAUAACCGGACCAAAGAUGGGGAACAGCAGAGUGGCGUGCGGGGGGGUGGCCGUUCAAAUUAUCGGAGCGGAAGAACGGGACAGCGUGUUUGACCGUGUGCUGAACGAGUAUCCCAACGUGAUCGUGGUGGAUUAUACCCUGCCUGCCGCGGUGAACAGCAACGCCGAAUACUACAUAUCGAGAGGGGUGCCUUUUGUGAUGGGGACGACUGGGGGCGACCGAACAAAAUUGAUAGACACCGUCAAGAAGGCCGGCACCUACGCUGUCAUCGCCCCGCAAAUGGGCAAGCAAGUGGUGGCGUUCCAAGCCGCGAUGGACAUCAUGGCGCAGAACUUCCCGGGCGCAUUUGCGGGGUAUACACUAAAGGUCACCGAGUCGCAUCAGUCGAGCAAAGUGGACACGUCCGGUACAGCAAAGGCGAUCGUCGAGUACUUCCAGAAGCUGGGCGUCAAGUUCAACGUGGACGAGAUCGAGCGGGUGCGAGACCCCUCGGAGCAGGUGCGGCGGAUGCACGUGCCCGAGGAUUACCUUGGGGGCCACGCCUUCCAUACGUAUAAGCUAUUGUCACCAGACGGCACAGUUGCGUUUGAGUUCCAACAUAACGUCAUGGGCCGCAGCAUAUACGCUCAGGGGACCGUCGAUGCAGUGCUCUUCCUUGCAAAGAAGGUCAGGGAGGGUGCCGACCAGAAACUGUACAACAUGAUUGAUGUUCUGAAAGAAGGAAGCAUGCGGUAGCAGCCUGAUUCUGAGUAUCAGGAGGAAACUGAGGCUCGUUCGUCAAACGAUUCACAAGCGUCACAAUCGUGAUUGCAUAGCCUUCUUCUUCGCCUGGAGACGCUUGGAACCGCCUUCGCGGGUCUCUGUUGUACCAGGUUCUAAGAAGUUGCCACGAGCUUUGGCACGUAAGGUGCCGCCAGGCUCGCGUCAAUUCCAAUGACGAGCAUUACAUAAGAAUAAACCGAAUUGACCCUGUCUUGGCCUAAACAUAUCCCCUCCUUGUUUCCUCCAUAAAACCUUUGUAAGUGCUCGC